GAAACAUUGUUGGGCUCUAGGCAAAAGCCCAAGUAUCUACCGAUCCUCUCUUCCGUGUGGGCAGGUACCUACCAGAUGCAAGGGUUACAAUCUCUCUCUUCUAAAACGAAUCAAAGGUCUAGAGAAGAGCGAUAGUGCAAACAAGAUGGUACGCCGCCGCCGAUACAGUGGAGACAAUAGAAACGGCCGAACUGAUGGCGAUGACACAGUAGCGGCGGGCCGGCAGCUGAAUGCCCUAGCUGCACGGCAACUUAGUGGCGACAGAAUGGCGACACGGCGGCGGCUGGAGGGUGCUUCUUUGCUUUUUUUUGUAUUCAUUUGGAUUAGUUUUUUUUUUAAAAUUUAAUAUUCUUCUUUUUCCCUAAACAUUCUUGAAUCUGGAAGUGCCGUUAAUCUCUAUUUAAACCUUGUUUGUGAAUAAUCCCAUUCGUAUGGCAUUAUCUUUGUGAAGAUGGCACUUCUGCUUGUUUGAAUUUUUUUAUUAUUAUAAUGCCAUGUUUUUUAGUCUGAAUGUCAUUUGGACAAGUAAUGUCAUUUUCACUGUACUAACAUUUAUCAAGAUGACAUUUAUGCGUAAUGUUUUCUGAUAUUGCCAUAAU